AUGUCCUCUAUUGAUUUGGAAAACUUGCCUCAACUUCUUCUGAAGUUUGUAGCAGAUAACGGAGAGUUCGACAGUAUAAAAUUAGCCAAAGAAUGGCAAGUUGAUCAUCAGAGAAUCAUUGGAGGAAUCAAAAGUAUCUUAGCUCAUGAUGGGGUUGUCAACACUUCUGAUAUCAGUGAAGUUUACUUAGAGCUGAGCGGAGAAGGCAAAGCUAUGGCUGAAGGAGGAUCUUUUGAGUUUCAAGUUUUUGAGUUCAUUGGCGACGAGGGGAGACCACAGUCUGAAAUUUCGAAACAAGCUUUUGGAAAAGUUGGUUUGAGUAAAGCUCUGGCUGCUGGAUGGGUCGCAAUUGAUAAGUCAGGAGGGGAACCCAAAGUUACGAGAAAGGUGGAAAAAGUGGAGGAUAUUGUUUCAAAACAAUUGAAAGACUUAUCUAUUGGUAAAGAUAUUGAUGUGAAAGCUAAAACAGACUUGAAGAAGAGAAAACUGUUCACUGAGAGUACUGUAAAAGGACUCAAAGUCAGCAAAGGUCCAAAUUUCACAACAGAACUUGCGAAACCAGAAGUUGACUUGACCCCAGAAAUGAUUGCCAGCGGUGCUUGGAAAACGAAACCAUUUAAAAAGUAUAAUUUCGAGGCUCUGGGUGUUCAACCAUCCUGUGGACAUUUGCAUCCAUUGCUCAAGGUUCGAUCUGAAUUCCGACAAAUCUUUUUCUCAAUGGGAUUUUCUGAAAUGCCUACUAAUAAGUAUGUUGAAAGUUCCUUCUGGAACUUUGACGCUCUUUUCCAACCUCAACAGCAUCCUGCUCGAGAUGCUCAUGACACGUUCUUCGUGUCAAGCCCAGCUAAAAGUACUGAAUUCCCUCAAGACUAUUUGGAAAGGGUUAAGAAAGUUCAUUCGGAGGGUGGUUAUGGUUCAAUUGGGUAUAAAUAUGAUUGGAAGUUAGAAGAAGCUCAAAAAAAUGUGUUGCGUACUCAUACAACUGCGGUCUCUGCUCGCGUUCUUUAUCAACUCGCACAGCAAGAUGAAUUCAAACCAGCUAAACUUUUCUCGAUUGAUCGAGUUUUCCGUAAUGAGACACUUGAUGCUACACAUCUUGCUGAAUUUCAUCAAGUGGAAGGAGUUAUUGCUGAUAGAAAUUUGAGUCUUGCACAUCUCAUAGGCGUUUUUACCGAGUUCUUCAAGAAACUAGGUAUUGAUGAUCUCCGCUUCAAGCCCGCAUACAAUCCUUACACUGAACCUUCUAUGGAAAUUUUCGCUUAUCACAAAGGAUUGAAGAAAUGGGUGGAGAUAGGAAACUCUGGUAUGUUCCGACCAGAAAUGCUUUUACCCAUGGGUCUUCCUGCUGAUGUCAACGUUGCUGGAUAUGGACUUUCUCUAGAGAGACCUACCAUGAUAAGAUAUGGCAUAGAUAACAUCCGAGAUAUGUUUGGUCCAAAAGUGGAUAUCGGAAUGGUAUACAGCGGACCUAUUUGUCGGCUCGAUAAAGUUUGA